GGAGGCGUGGAAAAGUUUAGGUGGCUUCUCUCCAGGAGUCUGGGUUGUGUUUUCUGUCCCAGGCUGGAGUGAGUGGCACUGCUCCUCUGGAGAGCACACAGUCAGUUAACAGACCAGCGUCUCCAGCACCCGAGCUAGUUAGCAUCAUCUCUGCCUGACCUAUCCAGAACAGUUCACUGAAGGAAACUACCAGGAAGAUAAUGACCUAAGAGUUGUCUUUUUGCAGAUAUUUGCGAUCCCAUAGAAGUACUGUGGAAUACAGCACUCCAAAUUCUGUUUUCCAGAGUUGUCCAUUUUAACGUGGACAAUGUGGAAGCCGAGGCUGGUGCUGUACGCCCUCUUGGGUGUUAUGUCUUUUGGCCUAUUCCCAAAUCUUGAAGCUCAGGAUGCCCCAGCCGACCUUGUGCUCUUAAUUGACGGAUCAGAGAACAUUGGAGCUGACGACUUUCCCCUCGUCCGCGAUUUGGCUGUCCAAGUGAUUGAGGGGCUUGCCGUGGGCAAGGAUGCAAUCCGCGUAGCCGUUGUGCUUUACGCUGCUGACCCUGAUACUCAGUUCUAUCUCAAUAGCCAUGACAGCAAAGAGAACAUCCUCACUGCUAUCCAGGGAAUUCAGUACCCUGGUGGUCCUGAGGCAAAUCUCGGGGCAGCCUUGGAAGAGGUGACAGAAAGUCUGUUGGGUCCAGGUGCAGGGGGAAGGGCAGAGGAAGGGGUCCCACAGGCACUGGUGGUGAUCAGUGCUGGGCAGUCUAGUGAUGAUGUCAGUCAGGGCGAGAGGGCCCUGAAGCAGGCCAGUGUGUACACCCUUGGCCUCGCUGUAGGGGAUAUUGAUACUGCCCAAUUGGAAGCUGUUGCUACAGACAAAAGCUUUGUGCUGUCCGAACCUGAUGUCAGAACAGUGGCAAACGUGGGUGACAAGAUGCUUCAGUUCAUUAAUGGGGUCGCCCAGCGCAACAUUGUGAUUGAAACUGAUUUCGUAGAAGCAUUGGUUGUUGGAAGGAGAGAUAUUAUUUUCCUCAUUGACAGCAGUAUGGGUACAACCCUUGUCAAUGCAGUGCGAGAAUUCGUCAGAAAGUUUAUUGACACCAUGCCAAUUGGCCCUGAUCAGGUGCAGGUCGGAGUAGCCAUGUUCUCCUCUGCCCCCAGGAUGGAGAUUAACCUCAACUCAUUUGACUCCAAAGAAUCCCUAGUCUCAGCCCUUGGCCGAAUAAAACCCAGACCUUCAAAUGAAGUCAACAUUGGUGCUGCCCUGGAUUUUGUAAGGACCGACAUGCUCAGACCUGAGAGUGGGAGCCGUAUUCAACAAAGAGUGCCACAGCUUGUGUUGCUACUGACCAGUAAAAAAUCUAAAGACAGUGUCCAGCAGUCAGCUGAAGCUCUUCGGCAGAUGGGUGUUCUGACUUUGGCUGCGGGCUCCAGGUCUGCUGAUGUGGCUGAGCUCAAACAAAUAGCUUUUGAUGAAAGUCAGGUUUUCAUACUCAAGGACUUCAGGAUAUUGCUACGCAACCCCCAAGAAAUAGUCUCCUCUCUCUCUACGUUAUCUGGUGUUAUUGAAUCAGAGACUCCGACUGAAACAGGUCCAGAUGUGGAUGUCACUACAGUCCAAACCCAAAAAGUUGUCAGAGACAUUCUCUUUGUGGUGGAUGGAUCCAGCUAUGUUGGAAAUGCCAAUGUACAGUAUGUCCGGGACUUUAUCUCUGAUGUGGUGAACAGGCUAGACGUACGACCUGAGCGAGUACGCAUCGCCCUGAUGCAGUUUGAUGAGGGACAGCGUACAGAGUUUUAUUUUAACACGCACAACACCAAACAGGACGUGCUGUCCAGCAUUGCUCAGCUAAAUCUGAUGGGAGGACGUGCAUUAAACACUGGUGCUGCCCUACAGUACGCCCUAAGCAACCAUUUCCAGGCAUCAGCUGGGUCUCGUAGGAAGCAGGGGAUUCAGCAGGUACUGGUGCUGAUAACAGGAGGUCCCUCUCAAGAUGCGGUCAAGAGACUCGCGGACCGCGUAGCUCUAGCAGGAGUUUUGACUUUCACUGUUGGAGCUGGCCAGGUGGAAGAGAGUUUCCUGAAAACGGUUGCUUUUGUAGAAAAUUUGGCGUACUACAGAAGAAGUUUUGGUGAAUUAUCAAGCGUUGUUGAUGAGAUCAUGACACCUCUGGUCACUGUUGUUGGGGAGACUGAUACAGUUACUACGGAGAUAGAUGUUGAAACCCCUGUGCAACCCGGUGGUGAAAGAGAUGUUGCAUUCUUGAUUGAUGGCUCUGAUGAUGUCCGAGGGGACUUUAACUACAUCCGUGACUUCAUUUCCAAAGUCAUUGCACCUCUUGAUAUUGGCAUUAAUAGAGUACGAGUUGCUGUGGUCCAGCAUAGUGAGAGACCGAGCCCUAACUUCUACCUAAACACUUACCAAACAAAAGACGAAGUGAUGAGGGCUGUAAAUGGACUUACCCUGGCUGGUGGCAGAAAUUUGAAUACUGGUGCUGCCUUGACCUUCAUGAAAAACACCAUCUUAUCAACAACAUAUGGCAGUCGAGCAGCCCAGAAUGUCCCCCAGUUUUUGAUUGUCCUGACUGGAGGAAGAUCAAGAGACAGCGUGAGGGAACCUGCGGUUGCCCUUAAGACUGAAGGAGUUGUCCCUUUUGGUGUCGGAGUGAAAAAUGCAGACCCUAAACAGAUUGAGGCCAUUUCGCACAAUCCAUCAUUUGCUUUCAAUGUCAAGGAGUUCAGCCAGCUCAACACGGUUCAGCAAAGACUCCAGAACUAUGUGAGUCUUCCAAAAGCACAACUCAUGGUCGUUCUAGAAGAAGUAGAAUUAGAUGCAGCACAAAGAGACAUUGUCUUUCUCCUGGAUGGGUCUGAUGAUACUAGGGAUGAAUUUAAAUACAUGACUCAGUUUGUUGAAAGAGUGGUGGACAAACUCAAUAUUGGACUGAGCGGAGACAGAGUGUCUGUGGUCCAGUACAGCACAGAGCCACGCGUCCAUUUUUAUCUGAACACAUAUAACACAAAGCAAGACGUUAUAGAUUCAAUUGAGCAUCUGGACCACAAGGGAGGAAGUCCUCUUAACACAGGAGGAGCUCUUGGCUAUUUAAAAAACAACAUGUUCAUUGCCUCCUCUGGGAGCAGACUGCUAGAGGGGGUUCCUCAGAUUCUUGUCCUCGUGACUGGAGGAAGGUCUCAGGAUGAUGUUAGAGCACCUGCUGCUGCACUCAAACAGGACAAUAUUGUCUCAUUCAGUAUCGGCACUGAAAAUGCAGAUGUUAUUCAGCUGCAGACAAUCUCGUAUACUCCUGGUCAUACCCUUACUGUCCCUCAAUUUGAUGACCUUGAAGACAUUGAACAAAAACUUGUAUCAUAUGUGAAAAGAGUUCCUCGCCAGCCCAGGAGGCUUCAACCAACUACAAUAGAUGCUGAUAAAAAAGAUUUUGUUUUUUUAAUCGAUGGCUCUGAUGACACAAGGGGAAGUUUCUCAAGAGUGCAAAACUUUGUUCAGACCCUGGUUCAGCAACUGAAUGUGGCACCAGAUAAAGAUCGUGUUUCAGUGGUCCAGUACAGUGACAACACAGCAGUUGAUUUCCACUUGAAUACACAUUCAUCCUUAGAUGAUGUUUUAAACCAUGUGAAACGUCUGAUUCAUAAAGGAGGUAGUCUACGGCACACAGGGGCAGCAUUACAGUUUGUUACGGACAGCAUGUUUACAGCUGCUGCAGGGAGUAGACAUAUGGAAGGUGUGCCGCAGGUGCUAAUUCUCCUGAGUUCUGGAAGGUCCAAUGAUGAUAUUCGUGGACCAGUUAAAGCUUUGAAAGACAUUGGUGUUGUUUCUUUAAGUAUUGGUACCUCAAAUGCUGAUACGCUUGAGUUACAAACAAUAUCCCAUCAACCAAAUUACUUCUUUAUUUCUGAUUUUGAGAACACUUCUGAAGUUCAAAAGAAUAUUUUAGCAUUAAUAAAAGGGGUAUCUUACCACCAGCUGCCAACAAUAAGGCCUCAGGUCUCUGAAUCUGUCAAAAGGGAUGUUGCAUUUCUUAUUGAUGGAUCUGAUGAUUCUAGAAAUGGUUUUGAGGCUAUUCGCAAUUUUAUGCAAAAAGUGGUUGAGAGUUUAAAUGUGGAUGAAGAUUUUGAUAGGGUGGCUGUUGUCCAGUACAGUCGAGAUUCCACAGCAAAUUUUUAUCUCAGCUCGUACUCAACUAAAAAGGAGGUCCUUAAUUCAAUACGUUCCAUGAGGCACAAAAGUGGAAGACCACUAAAUACCGGAGCUGCUUUGCGAUUUAUUAAAGAAAAUAUAUUUACACCUUCAUCUGGAGGCAGAAGUCAUGAGGGUGUAGCUUCAAUUCUGUACCUGUUUAGUGGUGGUAGAUCCAAUGAUGACGUGAGAACCAUUUCGCAGGAUUUAAGAGAAAGCAACAUUAAAGUCUUUACAACUGGCACAAGAAAUGCUGACACACUUGAGUUACAGACAAUGGCUUCUACACCAGCUUAUGCUUUCUUUGUUAAUGACUUUACCUCCAUGAACGGCAUUUUCCAAAGAGUUUCUUCUGUUUUGACAAGUGGUUAUGAAAUUCCUGAGCAGCCUCCAACAAAUCAGGUCCAGACUUCGAAUGCAGAAAGAAAUAUUGUGUUCCUUAUUGAUGGAUCUGAUGAUGCUAGUCACAGAUUCACAGCUAUACGAGAUUUUGUGGCCAGUUUGGCAGAGACGUUUGAUGUUGGUAAAGGAAAAGAUCAAAUUGCUGUUGUGCAGUUCAGUAAUACUGCAGCAGUCAACUUUAAUCUCAGUACAUAUUCAUCCACUACUGAAGUGACAGAUGCUAUACAUAAACUCAAACCAAAAGGAGGAAGGCCACAAUAUAUUGGCCAGGCUCUACAGUUUGUUAGAGACAAUGUUUUUUCCUCCAGAGGAAAAGAUGGUAUUAGUCAAAAUCUUGUGCUUGUUGCUGGUGGCAGAUCAAGAGACUCUCCUCGUAGGCCUGCUAACACACUCAAGAGUCUUGGGGUAGCCAUUUUUGCUAUUGGGUCAAAGCUGACAGAUCCUGUUGAAAUGGAGGCCAUUUCUUCAAGGAGAGAAUAUGCUUUUGCUGUACCUGAUUUUUCGGACUUAAAAAAUGUGCACCAAAGUCUACUGACAAAGCUUACAAAAGUGAGACACAUAGUAGACAUGGAAGCCGAUGGCAUUAAAAGGGAUAUUGCAUUUCUUGUGGAUGGUUCUGACAGUACAAGAAGAGGAUUUCAAGAAAUACGUGAUUUUCUGUACAAUAUUAUAACAACUCUCAAUGUGGGAAUUGAUGCGGACAGAAUAUCAGUAAUUCAGUACAGCAAUGUAGCUUUGGCAAAUUUUUACCUAAACUCAUUCAUAAGAAAGGAUGAUGUAUUGAAUGCUGUUAAGGUAUUAAGCCAUAAAGGUGGGAGGCCCCUUAACACAGGAUCUGCCCUUCGAUAUGUAAAGGAAAAUAUCUUUACAAGUUCAUCAGGAAGUAGGCACAAAGAACGCAUCCCUCAAAUAUUAAUUCUGUUGACUAAUGGAAGGUCAAGGGACAACAUUUCUGAGUCCGCCUCGUCUCUUAAAGAAAACGGUGUGCUAAUACUAGGAAUAGGAGGAAAGGAUGCAUACUCUGAUGAGCUACAUAGAACAUCAUCUGAAAAUCAUGUGCUGUCAUUUGCUGAAUUCAGUGAAUUACCAAAACUCCAGCCACAGUUACUGGAAGCAAUAAAACUAGAUCAUACUAAAAACAAAAAACCUUUGAUGGCUGAUAAGACACAGAGAGAUGUUGUUUUCCUGCUGGAUGGAUCUGAUGGCACUAAGAAUGGGUUCCCAGCAAUGAAGGAGUUUGUUCAAAGAAUGGUGGAGAGAUUGGAGGUAGCUGAGAAUAAAGAUCGUGUUUCUGUGGUCCAAUACAGCAGGGCUGCAGAGGUUAAUUUCCAUCUCAACACAUACACAACAAAGGAAGACAUUUUUGACAGUGUAAAAGGUCUGAGACACAAAGGGGGAAAACCCCUCAACACGGGGGCAGCUCUCCAGUACGUCAGCGACAAUGUCUUUACUGCCUCCUCUGGCAGCAGACGAUUGGAGGGUGUGCGGCAAAUACUCAUUUUGCUUAGUGGAGGAAGGUCAUUUGACAAUGUUGACACAGCAGCUUCCUCUCUGAAAGAAAUUGGAGUCUUUACCUUCGGAAUAGGAUCGAGGGGCUCUGAUAGCAGAGAAUUGCAGAGAAUUUCAUAUGAUCCCAAUUACGCUAUAUCUGUGUCCAACUUCAGCGAGCUUCCAAAUGUCCAAGAGCAGCUGCUGGCCUCUGUACAGACUGUUGCAAUGCCCAUCGCACCAACGUCACCAACUGUUACCGCUGAUUACACCGUACCAAGAAAGGAUCUAGUGUUUCUGCUGGACGGUUCAGAUGGUACUAGGAAUUCUUUCCCAGCUAUGCGUGACUUUGUGCAAAGACUAGUUGGGAAAUUAAACGUACAGCCAAACAGAGACCGUGUUUCUGUGGUGCAGUACAGUCGAGAUUCAGAGGUCCAUUUCUACUUGAAUACCUACACGACAAAGGAAGACAUUAUUGACAGUGUAAGAGGACUGAGACACAAAGGGGGAAGACCCCUCAACACAGGGGCAGCUCUCCAGUAAGUCAGAGACAAUGACUUUACUGCCUCCUCUGGCAGCAGGCGACUGGAGGGUGUGCCGCAAAUACUCAUUUUGCUUAGUGGAGGAAGGUCAUUUGACAAUGUUGACACAGCAGCUUCCUCUCUUAAAGAAAUUGGAGUCUUUACCUUCGGAAUAGGAUCGAGGGGCUCUGAUAGCAGUGAAUUGCAAAGAAUUUCAUUCGACCCCAGUUAUGCUAUGUCUCUGUCCGACUUCAGUGAGCUUCCAAAUGUACAAGAGCAGCUACUGGACUCUGUAGAGACUGUUGCAAUACCCAUCGCUCCAACGUCACCAACUGUUACGGCAGAUUUCCCCACACUCAGAAAAGACAUAGUUUUUCUGCUGGACGGUUCGGAUGGCACUAGGAAUUCUUUCCCAGCAAUGCGUGAAUUUGUGCAAAGAGUAGUGGAGAAUUUAAACAUAGAGGCAAAAAGAGACCGUGUUUCUGUGGUGCAGUACAGUCGUGACCCCGAGGCCCAUUUCUAUCUGAAUACUUACGCAACAAAAGGGGAGAUUCUUGACACAAUCAGGACUCUGGGGCACAGAGGAGGGAGACCCCUCAACACUGGGGCGGCUCUCCAGUAUGUGAGGGGAAAUGUCUUCGCUGCCUCUGCUGGAAGCAGAAGGCAAGAGGGUGUUCCCCAGGUCCUUAUCCUGCUCAGUGGAGGACGUUCAAGAGAUAACAUAGAUACGCCUGCCACUGCUUUGAAAGAGAGUGGGAUUUUGAUAUUUGGCAUAGGUACCAGAAAUUCGAGCAGAGAGGUACAGAGAAUUGCCAGUGAUACAGCUUAUGUACAGUCCAUCCUUGAAUUCCCUGACCUUCCAAGUGUUCAGCAGCAGUUUAUCGACUCACUCAACAGUGUGCCUGUGCAAGGGAUGCAAAUGACACCUACUGUUAUGGCUGAGCGUAGGAUGGCUCGGAAGGAUGUAGUGUUCCUGCUGGAUGGUUCAGAUGCCACUAGGACUUCUUUCCCUUCGAUGCUUGAGUUUGUCGAAAGGAUGGUGGAGAGAUUGAAUGUGUCUGACAGGAGAGACCGUGUGUCAGUGGUUCAGUUCAGCAGAGAUCCAGAGGCCCAUUUCUAUCUUAACACAUACACGACAAAGGACGACAUUCUUGAUGCUGUCAAGGGUCUGAGGCACAAAGGCGGGAGACCCCUCAACACUGGCGCAGCCUUGCAGUUUGUGAAGGAAAAUGUCUUCACUGCCUCUUCUGGAAGUAGACGUGUAGAGGGUGUGCCUCAGUUACUGAUUUUGCUGAGUGGUGGAAGGUCAUUUGAUAAUGUUGAGUCCCCAGCCUCAUCCCUGAAGGAGCUUGGGGUGUUGAUCUUUGGCAUAGGGUCGAGGAGUUCUGACAGCAGAGAAAUGCAGAGUAUCUCGCAUGACCCAAGCUACGCACUCUCAGUGAGUGACUUUGCUGAGCUUCCCGGAGUCCAACGGCAGCUUUUCACUAACAUUAACAAAGUACUUGAAGAGGGUACGCAUACAACUACCACAGUUCGGGUUGAGGGUCGUAGACCAAGGAGAGAUGUUGUCUUCCUGCUGGAUGGAUCUGAUGGCACUAGGAAUGGGUUCCCAGCAAUGAAAGAGUUUGUUCACAGAAUGGUGGAGAGAUUGGACGUAGCUGAUAACAGAGAUCGUGUUUCUGUUGUCCAAUACAGCAGGGACGCAGAGGUCAAUUUCCAUCUUAACACAUACAUGACAAAGAAAGACAUUAUUGACAGUGUAAGAGGUCUGAGACACAAAGGGGGAAGACCCCUCAACACGGGGGCAGCUCUCCAGUACGUCAAAGACAAUGUCUUUACUGCCUCCUCUGGCAGCAGACGAUUGGAGGGUGUGCGGCAAAUACUCAUUUUGCUUAGUGGAGGAAGGUCAUUUGACAAUGUUGACACAGCAGCUUCCUCUCUGAAAGAAAUCGGAGUCCAGACCUUUGGAAUAGGAUCGAGGGGCUCUGACAGCAGAGAAUUGCAGAGAAUUUCAUAUGAUCCCAAUUACGCUAUAUCUGUGUCUGACUUCAGCGAGCUUCCAAAUGUCCAAGAGCAGCUGCUGGCCUCUGUACAGACUGUUGCAAUACCCAUCGCUCCAACGUCACCAACUGUUACCGCUGAUUACACCGUACCAAGAAAGGAUCUAGUGUUUCUGCUGGACGGUUCAGAUGGUACUAGGAAUUCUUUCCCAGCUAUGCGUGACUUUGUGCAAAGACUAGUUGGGAAAUUAAACGUACAGCCAAACAGAGACCGUGUUUCUGUGGUGCAGUACAGUCGAGAUUCAGAGGUCCAUUUCUACUUGAAUACCUACACGACAAAGGAAGACAUUAUUGACAGUGUAAGAGGACUGAGACACAAAGGGGGAAGACCCCUCAAUACAGGGGCAGCUCUCCAGUACGUCAGAGACAAUGUCUUUACUGCCUCCUCUGGCAGCAGGCGACUGGAGGGUGUGCCGCAAAUACUCAUUUUGCUUAGUGGAGGAAGGUCAUUUGACAAUGUUGACACAGCAGCUUCCUCUCUUAAAGAAAUUGGAGUCUUUACCUUCGGAAUAGGAUCGAGGGGCUCUGAUAGCAGUGAAUUGCAAAGAAUUUCAUUCGACCCCAGUUAUGCUAUGUCUCUGUCCGACUUCAGUGAGCUUCCAAAUGUCCAAGAGCAGCUACUGGACUCUGUAGAGACUGUUGCAAUACCCAUCGCUCCAACGUCACCAACUGUUACGGCAGAUUUCCCCACACUCAGAAAAGACAUAGUUUUUCUGCUGGACGGUUCGGAUGGCACUAGGAAUUCUUUCCCAGCAAUGCGUGAGUUUGUGCAAAGAGUAGUGGAGAAUUUAAACAUAGAGGCAAAAAGAGACCGUGUUUCUGUGGUGCAGUACAGUCGUGACCCCGAGGCCCAUUUCUAUCUGAAUACUUACGCAACAAAAGGGGAGAUUCUUGACACAAUCAGGACUCUGGGGCACAGAGGAGGGAGACCCCUCAACACUGGGGCGGCUCUCCAGUAUGUGAGGGGAAAUGUCUUCGCUGCCUCUGCUGGAAGCAGAAGGCAAGAGGGUGUUCCCCAGGUCCUUAUCCUGCUCAGUGGAGGACGUUCAAGCGAUAACAUAGAUACGCCUGCCACUGCUUUGAAAGAGAGUGGGAUUUUGAUAUUUGGCAUAGGUACCAGAAAUUCGAGCAGAGAGGUACAGAGAAUUGCCAGUGAUACAGCUUAUGUACAGUCCAUCCUUGAAUUCCCUGACCUUCCAAGUGUUCAGCAGCAGUUUAUCGACUCGCUCAACAGUGUGCCUGUGCAAGGGAUGCAAAUGACACCUACUGUUACGGCUGAGCGUAGGAUGGCUCGGAAGGAUGUAGUGUUCCUGCUGGAUGGUUCAGAUGCCACUAGGACUUCUUUCCCUUCGAUGCUUGAGUUUGUCGAAAGGAUGGUGGAGAGAUUGAAUGUGUCUGACAGGAGAGGCCGUGUGUCAGUGGUCCAGUUCAGCAGAGAUCCAGAGGCCCAUUUCUAUCUUAACACAUACACGACAAAGGACGACAUUCUUGAUGCUGUCAAGGGUCUGAGGCACAAAGGCGGGAGACCCCUCAACACUGGCGCAGCCUUGCAGUUUGUGAAGGAAAAUGUCUUCACUGCCUCUUCUGGAAGUAGACGUGUAGAGGGUGUGCCUCAGUUACUGAUUUUGCUGAGUGGUGGAAGGUCAUUUGAUAAUGUUGAGUCCCCAGCCUCAUCCCUGAAGGAGCUUGGGGUGUUGAUCUUUGGCAUAGGGUCGAGGAGUUCUGACAGCAGAGAAAUGCAGAGUAUCUCGCAUGACCCAAGCUACGCACUCUCAGUGAGUGACUUUGCUGAGCUUCCCGGAGUCCAACGGCAGCUUUUCACUAACAUUAACAGAGUACUUGAAGAGGGUACGCCUACAACUACCACAGUUCGGGUUGAGGGUCGUAGACCAAGGAGAGAUGUUGUCUUCCUGCUGGAUGGAUCUGAUGGCACUAGGAAUGGGUUCCCAGCAAUGAAAGAGUUUGUUCACAGAAUGGUGGAGAGAUUGGACGUAGCUGAUAACAGAGAUCGUGUUUCUGUUGUCCAAUACAGCAGGGACGCAGAGGUCAAUUUCCAUCUUAACACAUACAUGACAAAGAAAGACAUUAUUGACAGUGUAAGAGGUCUGAGACACAAAGGGGGAAGACCCCUCAACACGGGGGCAGCUCUCCAGUACGUCAAAGACAAUGUCUUUACUGCCUCCUCUGGCAGCAGACGAUUGGAGGGUGUGCGGCAAAUACUCAUUUUGCUUAGUGGAGGAAGGUCAUUUGACAAUGUUGACACAGCAGCUUCCUCUCUGAAAGAAAUCGGAGUCCAGACCUUUGGAAUAGGAUCGAGGGGCUCUGACAGCAGAGAAUUGCAGAGAAUUUCAUAUGAUCCCAAUUACGCUAUAUCUGUGUCUGACUUCAGCGAGCUUCCAAAUGUCCAAGAGCAGCUGCUGGCCUCUGUACAGACUGUUGCAAUACCCAUCGCUCCAACGUCACCAACUGUUACCGCUGAUUACACCGUACCAAGAAAGGAUCUAGUGUUUCUGCUGGACGGUUCAGAUGGUACUAGGAAUUCUUUCCCAGCUAUGCGUGACUUUGUGCAAAGACUAGUUGGGAAAUUAAACGUACAGCCAAACAGAGACCGUGUUUCUGUGGUGCAGUACAGUCGAGAUUCAGAGGUCCAUUUCUACUUGAAUACCUACACGACAAAGGAAGACAUUAUUGACAGUGUAAGAGGACUGAGACACAAAGGGGGAAGACCCCUCAAUACAGGGGCAGCUCUCCAGUACGUCAGAGACAAUGUCUUUACUGCCUCCUCUGGCAGCAGGCGACUGGAGGGUGUGCCGCAAAUACUCAUUUUGCUUAGUGGAGGAAGGUCAUUUGACAAUGUUGACACAGCAGCUUCCUCUCUUAAAGAAAUUGGAGUCUUUACCUUCGGAAUAGGAUCGAGGGGCUCUGAUAGCAGUGAAUUGCAAAGAAUUUCAUUCGACCCCAGUUAUGCUAUGUCUCUGUCCGACUUCAGUGAGCUUCCAAAUGUCCAAGAGCAGCUACUGGACUCUGUAGAGACUGUUGCAAUACCCAUCGCUCCAACGUCACCAACUGUUACGGCAGAUUUCCCCACACUCAGAAAAGACAUAGUUUUUCUGCUGGACGGUUCGGAUGGCACUAGGAAUUCUUUCCCAGCAAUGCGUGAGUUUGUGCAAAGAGUAGUGGAGAAUUUAAACAUAGAGGCAAAAAGAGACCGUGUUUCUGUGGUGCAGUACAGUCGUGACCCCGAGGCCCAUUUCUAUCUGAAUACUUACGCAACAAAAGGGGAGAUUCUUGACACAAUCAGGACUCUGGGGCACAGAGGAGGGAGACCCCUCAACACUGGGGCGGCUCUCCAGUAUGUGAGGGGAAAUGUCUUCGCUGCCUCUGCUGGAAGCAGAAGGCAAGAGGGUGUUCCCCAGGUCCUUAUCCUGCUCAGUGGAGGACGUUCAAGCGAUAACAUAGAUACGCCUGCCACUGCUUUGAAAGAGAGUGGGAUUUUGAUAUUUGGCAUAGGUACCAGAAAUUCGAGCAGAGAGGUACAGAGAAUUGCCAGUGAUACAGCUUAUGUACAGUCCAUCCUUGAAUUCCCUGACCUUCCAAGUGUUCAGCAGCAGUUUAUCGACUCGCUCAACAGUGUGCCUGUGCAAGGGAUGCAAAUGACACCUACUGUUACGGCUGAGCGUAGGAUGGCUCGGAAGGAUGUAGUGUUCCUGCUGGAUGGUUCAGAUGCCACUAGGACUUCUUUCCCUUCGAUGCUUGAGUUUGUCGAAAGGAUGGUGGAGAGAUUGAAUGUGUCUGACAGGAGAGGCCGUGUGUCAGUGGUCCAGUUCAGCAGAGAUCCAGAGGCCCAUUUCUAUCUUAACACAUACACGACAAAGGACGACAUUCUUGAUGCUGUCAAGGGUCUGAGGCACAAAGGCGGGAGACCCCUCAACACUGGCGCAGCCUUGCAGUUUGUGAAGGAAAAUGUCUUCACUGCCUCUUCUGGAAGUAGACGUGUAGAGGGUGUGCCUCAGUUACUGAUUUUGCUGAGUGGUGGAAUAUCAUUUGAUAAUGUUGAGUCCCCAGCCUCAUCCCUGAAGGAGCUUGGGGUGUUGAUCUUUGGCAUAGGGUCGAGGAGUUCUGACAGCAGAGAAAUGCAGAGUAUCUCGCAUGACCCAAGCUACGCACUCUCAGUGAGUGACUUUGUUGAGCUUCCCGGAGUCCAACGGCAGCUUUUCACUUACAUUAACAGAGUACUUGAAGAGGUUGAGGGUCGUAGACCAAGGAGAGAUGUUGUCUUCCUGCUGGAUGGAUCUGAUGGCACUAGGAAUGGGUUCCCAGCAAUGAAAGAGUUUGUUCACAGAAUGGUGGAGAGAUUGGACGUAGCUGAUAACAGAGAUCGUGUUUCUGUUGUCCAAUACAGCAGGGACGCAGAGGUCAAUUUCCAUCUUAACACAUACAUGACAAAGGAAGAUAUUAUUGACAGUGUAAGAGGUCUGAGACACAAAGGGGGAAGACCCCUCAACAUGGGGGCAGCUCUCCAGUACGUCAGAGACAAUGUCUUUACUGCCUCCUCUGGCAGCAGACGAUUGGAGGGUGUGCGGCAAAUACUCAUUUUGCUUAGUGGAGGAAGGUCAUUUGACAAUGUUGACACAGCAGCUUCCUCUCUGAAAGAAAUCGGAGUCCAGACCUUUGGAAUAGGAUCGAGGGGCUCUGACAGCAGAGAAUUGCAGAGAAUUUCAUAUGAUCCCAAUUACGCUAUAUCUGUGUCAGACUUCAGCGAGCUUCCAAAUGUCCAAGAGCAGCUGCUGGCCUCUGUACAGACUGUUGCAAUACCCAUCGCUCCAACGUCACCAACUGUUACCGCUGAUUACACCGUACCAAGAAAGGAUAUAGUGUUUCUGCUGGACGGUUCAGAUGGUACUAGGAAUUCUUUCCCAGCUAUGCGUGACUUUGUGCAAAGACUAGUUGGGAAAUUAAACGUACAGCCAAACAGAGACCGUGUUUCUGUGGUGCAGUACAGUCAAGAUUCAGUGGUCCAUUUCUACUUGAAUACCUACAUGACAAAGGAAGACAUUAUUGACAGUGUAAGAGGUCUGAGACACAAAGGGGGAAGACCCCUCAACACAGGGGCAGCUCUCCAGUACGUCAGAGACAAUGUCUUUACUGCCUCCUCUGGCAGCCGACAACUGGAGGGUGUGACGCAAAUACUCAUUUUGCUUAGUGGAGGAAGGUCAUUUGACAGUGUUGACACAGCAGCUUCCUCAUUGAAAGAGCUUGGAAUUUUGCCCUUCACUGUUGGAUUGAGGGGCUCUAAUAGCAAAGAAUUGCAGCAAAUCUCUCAUGAUCCUGAAUUCUUACUCUUAGUGAGAGACAUAUCUUUCCUUCCCAGUAUCCUUGAACAGGUUUUCAAAAACAUUAAUUUGGCAGCUUUGAGUUCUACACCCAUCUUUCCCAAAAUUAUUGCGGUCUCUCAAGGACCCAAGAAGGACAUUGUCUUUGUGAUCGAUGGUUCUGAUGAUGUUGGCAGGGAGUUUGCAAUUAUCCAGGAGUUUUUACGCAAAGUUGUGGAGAAUCUUAAUAUUGGUGAGAACAGGAUCAGAGUAGGUGUGGUGCAGUAUGGAGAUAAUCCAUAUGCAGACAUAUAUCUUAACUCUCAUAAGACCAAAGAAGGUGUUCUAAAUGGCAUCAAGGAACUCAGGCGAAGAGGAGGGAUACAGCGCAACCUUGGGCGAGCCAUAGACUUUGUUAGUCAGGAUGUUCUGACUUCUGGACGUGGUGGAAGAAAACAGGAGGGGGUUCCUCAAUUCGUUGUGGUGGUUUCAGGAGGAAAAUCAACAGACAAUAUAAGAACACCUGCAACAGCUCUGAAACAGUCAGGAAUUGUCCCAUUUGGAAUAGGGACAAGGGAGGUUGACACUCAGGAAUUGGAAAUUAUCGCUUAUGUCCCCAGAUUUGCCUUCUCAGUUGAUGACUUGCCUGGUCUUUAUACCGUUCAGGACACACUCAUCACCACACUGACUGAACUAUCAAGUGAAGAGCUGGCCAGACUGCGUCCUUAUUUCCCUACAGUAACAGGGGUUGUAAUUCCAACAAUACUCCCUGGAGAUAAGAGGGAUGUUGUGUUCCUCAUUGAUGGCACUACAAAGAUGCGCAGUGAGUUCCCUGCAAUAAGAGACAUGGUUCAGCGAGUAGUGGAUAAGUUAGAUGUGGGUCUGGACAAUGUGAGGGUCUCUGUCGUGCAGUACAGUGAUGAUCCAAAGCUAGAGUUUCUCCUCAAUGAGCACUCCACAAAGGAGGAAGUUCUCCAGGCAAUACAAAGAAUGAGAAGUAAAGGAGGAAAUCAGCUUAAUACUGGACAAGCUCUGGAUUAUGUCUCCAAGAACAUCUAUCAAAGAUCUGCUGGUAGUCGUGUUGAGGAGGGUGUGCCACAGUUUCUCAUUCUAGUGACUGGAGGAAAGUCAAAUGAUGAUGUAUCUAGCUCUGCCCGGCAGCUGAAGUCAAGUCGUGUUGCCCCCCUGGCAGUUGGAGCACAUACUGCGGAUGCAGAGGAGCUAAAGCUAAUUUCCUUCCGUCCUGAACUAGCCUACACGAUACGAAACUUUCAGCAGCUACCUAGGGUGGAGCAAGAGAUUUUGAGUAAAGUCAGUACCAUGACUAGUAAAGAAAUUUCUGAACCCCCUCUACCUGGAGUUCCAGACCUCAAUCUUGGAAGAAAGGACAUUAUAUUCCUCAUUGACGGCUCUGACAGUGUCGGACAAAAUGGUGUCGCUCACAUCCGUGACUUUAUCUACAAAGUGGUUGAAAAGCUCAGUGUGAAUCCUGACCAAGUUCGUGUGGCUGUGGUACAGUAUGGAGAAAGACCUAAAACUGAAUUCUCUCUAAACUCCCACAACAACAAGCAGUCUGUCCUUGCUGCCAUCAAGAGACUACGUCAGAUGGGUGGGCGUGGUGCCGAUCUAGCUGAAGCUAUAAAGUAUGUGAUCCGAAAUGAGCUCCAAGCCUCUGCUGGGGUGCGCUCAGCAGAGGCUUCCCAGCAUUUGGUGGUGCUCACUGGUGGAAGAUCAACCUCUGAUGUAUCUGUAUACGGCCCGCUUCUCAAAGGCUCUCGGGUCAACUGUAUAGGUAUUGGUACAGAGAAUGCAGAUGCCAGACAGUUGACAGAGAUUGCAACCAGCCCCGAUGACUUCCUCCAGGUGUCCACUUUCCCAAGUCUUCCAAACAUACAGAACCAGUUUAUAGCCAGACUGAAUGGAACCAUUGCAGAGAUACCUACUGAAGACUCGGGUCCUGACCUCCCGAAGGCUAAAGCUGCUGACAUUGUCUUUUUGGUUGACGGCUCAAUGAAUCUUGGCAGGGACAAUUUCAAAGAGGUCUUGGAUUUUGUUGUUAAUUUAAUUGAUCUUUUUUACACGGAGAGAGACGACCUUCGGAUCGGUCUAGCACAUUAUGCCGCGGAUGUGACAGACGUCUUCUACCUCAAUACCUACAAAAAUAAGGACGACAUCAUCAGUGCCAUAUCCCAAACAGAUUACAAGGGAGGUCGAGAAAUGAAAACAGGCAAUGCUAUCCGCCACGUCCAGCAAACGCACUUUGUUAAAGAAAGAGGCAGUCGGAAAGAUGAAAGCAUUCCACAGAUUCUGAUGGUGAUCCCUGGUGGACGGUCCAAGGAUGAUGGCAAGUCAGCAGCACUAGCUCUCAAAAACACCGGUGUGCGCAUCUAUGCUGUUGGGGUAGGUGACAUUGUGGACGAGCUCAAUAAUCUGGGCAGUGAAGCGACUACAGUGGCCCGAGCCAGCACCUUCCCAGAACUCUCUGAACUGAAUGAGCAGAUUUUGCAAGCAUUUGAUGAUGAAGUGAGAGGAAUAAGACACUGCACUACAACACAGGACACUGCAAGAGAAUGCAAAUUGGAUGUUCUCGUGGGAUUUGAUGUGGGUUCGCAGAAUAUCUUUGCCGCUCAGAGGUCAUUAGAGUCUAAGAUGACUGCAAUUCUUCAGCGCAUUAGUCAGAUGCAGGCCAUAAGCUGCACUUCUGGCCAAGUCCCCACAAUACAGGUGGGGGUACUUGCAAUGGAUUCUGCCUCAGAGCCUGUUCAGCUGGACUUCACUGAAAAAUACACAGAGCUUCUUGAGCCCUUCAGGGCCCUCCGUAACCGCGGGCCUUUUGUUUUGAACGGUGCCACAAUCAAAGCUUAUACUGACAGAUUCAAGAGUCGCCCUUCAGACACUGUCAAGGUUGUGAUUCACUUGACUGAUGGAUUAGAUGUCCAGUAUAACAUUCUGAAAGAACGAGUUGAACAGAUGCGUUUGGCUGGUGUUAGUAGUUUUAUUGUUGUUGGUCUGGAAAGAGUUCCACGCUUUGAGGAUGCGGUUCUUUUGGAAUUUGGCCGUGGCUUCAGGUACACACGACCUCUGCGUGUCAACCUCAUGGACCUGGAUUAUGAGCUACUGGAAGAACUGGACAACAUUGCUGAGAGGGACUGCUGUUCUGUUCCAUGCAAGUGUAAUGGUCAAAGAGGGGACAGAGGAGCUGUUGGAACGGCUGGACCAAAGGGUCAGCCUGGUGGUCAAGGCUUCAGUGGACAUCCUGGUGAUGAAGGUGGACCAGGAGAGAGAGGUCCAACUGGUGUAAAUGGAACUCAAGGCUUCCAAGGAUGUCCAGGCCAAAGAGGUGUUAAAGGUUCUCGAGGAUACAAUGGUGAAAAGGGUGAAAUUGGAGAAAUUGGUUUAGAUGGAAUCAACGGGGAAGAGGGAACAAGUGGAGUUGUUGGACCUCCAGGAGACAGAGGAAACCCCGGACAAAGGGGACCUAAAGGAGCCAAAGGCCAGGCUGGAGAUAUUGGUCAGACUGGGAUCCGUGGUGAUCCAGGCACACCAGGAAGAGAUAAUACCCAGAUGGGACCUAAAGGCGAUCCAGGCGAUGCUGGCCCAGCGGGAGAGCCAGGUGUGGAUGGAAGUAAAGGAGAUCUUGGUGAACCAGGCAGACCGGGCCCCGAUGGCAGAAGGGGGCCUCCUGGGCAAGCUGGUGCUGCUGGAAGACCUGGUGCUGAUGGUUUGCCAGGAGAAUCUGGAAUUGGAGGAUCUCGGGGUCCCGCUGGACCUGUUGGAGCACCUGGUGUUAGGGGAGAGGAUGGAAACCCCGGUCCAAGGGGCCCAGGAGGACUGCCAGGACCUGGUGGAGAAAAGGGCAGAAGAGGUGCUGUUGGCCGUAAGGGUGAACCAGGGGAGCCAGGCCCUAACGGUGUUGUGGGACCCCAGGGACCCCGUGGAGAAGCUGGUGAGGAUGGACGUGAUGGGUUUGGUAUAGCUGGUCCAAAAGGAAGAAUGGGUGAUGAAGGUUUCCCUGGUUUCCCUGGUCCAAGGGGUACAGCAGGUGACCCUGGUUCAGGAGGAGGACCUGGACCUAGAGGAAACAACGGCCAGAGAGGAACUUCAGGAGGGCCUGGUGGGCCUGGUCAGAAGGGAGAAAUUGGAUACCCGGGGCCUUACGGCCAGAAAGGACCCAGAGGACCUGGUGUGGUGCAAUGUGAACUGGUCAAGAAAAUUAGAGAUAACUGUCCCUGCUGCUAUGGGGCACAGGAAUGUCCUCUCUACCCCACUGAAUUGGCCUUCGCCCUGGAUGCAUCAGAUGGUGUAACACGCUCCGUUUUCAACAACAUGCGAGACACUGUUCUAAGUCUGGUCAGAGACAUCACUAUUUCCGAGAGCAACUGUCCACGAGGGGCCCGUGUUGCUCUAGCACUCUACAACAACGAGGUCACCACCGAGAUACGCUUUGCGGAUGCCAUGAAGAAGCGAGCGCUCAUUGAACGAGUCCAAGGGCUCCAGGCUCAGCAGACCCGUAAGCAGCGAAGCUUGGAGACGGCAAUGAACUUUGUUGCACAGAACACAUUCAAGAGGGUCCGCAGUGGCUUCCUUGUGCGCAAGCUUGCCGUUUUCUUCGUCAACGGCCAGGUGACAGUCACGAGGGAAUUUAGCACCGCUGCUCUCCGUCUCUACGAUGCUGGAAUUGCUUCGGUUUUCCUUCUUAAUCGUGAAGAUCGUCAGCUCACUAGAGCCUUGCAGCGUAACAACACUGCAUUAGCUCAGGUUAUCGUCCUACCCGCACCUGGAAGUGCUGAAUAUAACAAUGUUGUGAAGAAGAUCAUGACCUGCCAUAUCUGCCUGGACUUCUGUGCUCCGGAUACGAUGUGUGACUACGUCCCUCCACGUGGAGUCAGAGGCCGGAGAGACCCCACCACUGACUUGGACAUCGACAUGACCUUCAUUGUGGACAGCUCAGAAAGCACCUGGCCCUCGGUCUUCAUGGGCAUAAAGCAAUACGUGUCUCAGAUGGUAGAGCAGCUGGAGCUGUCUCCUGAUCCAGCCAUAGCCAGUCAUCACGCUCGAGUGGCACUGGUCCAGCACACCCCUUACGAAUACUUGCACAAUGGCAGCGGCAUUCCCAUCAGCAUGGCCUUUGGCCUGACGGACCACAGGUCAGCAGACAGCGUCAGAACCUUCCUGAUGGAUAAGGUGCACCAGCUGGAGGGAGGACGACACCUUGCAGCCGCACUUGAGGGCACUGUGGAACAUGUGUAUGAGAAGGCACCACAUCCUCGUCACUUGAAGGUGUUAGUUCUGUUGGUCACUGGACCAGUAGAAGAGGAUGAGGAGAGGAUACUACAAGCCUCAAUUGAAGUAAAAUGCAAGGGGUACUUUAUUGUGGUAAUAGCGGUUGGAAAGCAGUUUAGUCCAGGUGAUGUUAGUGUCCUGGCCCAAGUGGCAAGUGAACCUUCAGAUGUGUUCUUCAAGAGAGUGGAUGGACCAUCAGGCUUCUAUGAUGACCAUAUUCAGAUAUUUGCCAAACUGUUGCCCAAGUACCUCAGCCUUGAAAAUGUUUUGUACAUGUCCCCUGAAGUCGCUAAGAAGUGUCAGUGGUAUCAGGGUGACCAGCCACACAAAACUGGAUUCAGAUCGCCACAAAUACAUGACAAACACCAAAAGCAUUAUGAACAGCAGCAGGUUCAUGACAGAAAACAUAAAGAAUUGGGUAUGGACGAGCUGCAUCUGGUUAACGUCACCUCGAGUGGCUUCUCCUUACAGUGGCUGAGUGGCGAUUCGAAGGCCACCCAUGAGGUUACAGUGACUCGACUGAGGGAUCAUAGUCUGGUGCUGCGAAAGAACGUGACGGGCAGCCUUCUGUCCGUCAGUGAACUGGAGGCAGCUGAGACAUAUCAUGUAAUGGUCAACACUCGCAAUGUCAGCGGUCAUGUUGCCAGUACCUACAAAGGCAUCGUUCCCACAAAAGCAGCCAGUCAGAAGGUUCUUUCUGUGAGUGAAAUGAAAAUUGUGCCUACUGCCCCAUCAAGUAAACCAGUAAUGAAAUCUGCAGAACAGAAAAUUCUUACGGCCAGUGAAGUGACUGCAAGUGUUACCACUGCACCCCUGAGUAAACCUGAAACUAAUUCAGCAGAACAGAAAAUUCUUAAUGUCAGUGAAAUUAUGGGGAGCGUUUCCACUGCACCAUUGAGUAGACCUGAAAUUAAAUCGGCAGAGCAGAAGGUUCUCACUCCAAGUGAAGUGAUGGGGAUCUUGUCCACUGCACCCUUAAACAUGCCAGAAAUUAAAUCGACAGAACAGAAGGUUCAUACUGAAAGUGAGGUGAUGGGAAUUGUGUCCACUGUGCCCCUACAUAAACCAGAGAUUAUUAACAAUCUUAUGGACCCAUGCUCACUUGACUUUGACUCUGGACAAGGAUGCAAAGACUAUGAAGCUAAGUGGUACUAUGACAGGAAGAAUGGAUUCUGUGCGCAGUUCUGGUUUGGAGGUUGUGGAGGAAAUGAUAAUAGGUUUCAGAGUGAGGAGGAUUGCCUCAAACGCUGCGUGAAGACAGUGGCUGAUCGGAAAGUUAGUGAUGAGCCUUUCAGAGCUGCCAUUCCCCCAGCAGCGGCUCCAGUUGUCCUGUACUCCAGUGUUGAUAUCUGCAAGCUACCAAAAGAAGAAGGCACCUGUGCUAAAUUUGUGCUAAAGUGGCAUUUCGACCCACUAAAUGGAUCCUGCACCCGCUUCUGGUAUGGGGGCUGUGGAGGAAACCAGAAUCGAUUUGAUACACAGGUUGAGUGUGAAGAGACCUGUGGAAAACCAGCACCUGUUAGACAUGGAGUCAUUGCUGCGGUUAAAACAUAGAAACUAAAAAGGACUGUUCGCUAACCGCUUACGACGCUCAGAGGAUGAAGCACCUAGAACGAGAAGAUCCACCUAAGCCAAGAUGCCUGCACUGGAUUCUGCCAAAGGAUUUGAUCCAAAGAAAACCUUGAAGUAGUAUUUUCCACAAAAGUAGAAAGCAAAACAUUUUUAUUUGUUUCGUGCUGGUGCUACAUUCAGUUUUACAUUUUUUAAAAUCGUUUUAUGUUUGUGUGUGAGGGUUUCAGAGAAAACCCCAUUGUAAAUGUCCAGGGCAAAAUAGCUUUUUAAAAAAAUGUUAUUCUGUUUUUACUCAUGGUUUUAGUUUCAUAGAGAAAAUCUUGUGCGAAUAUCUUCAUCAAAACAUAUCAAUAAAUCUUUGUAGUUAUGAGACAGGUUGAAAACACUUUUGUACCAUGUUAGUCCUAAAUUACUGCAAGCCCCUUAUUAAGCUUUUACUGCUUCAAAGAAGGAAUCUUAAUUGCUGUCCACUGAUCAAAUAUCAAGAUGAUAUCUCAGAAACAAAUCCUGUGUUUAUGUUUGCACAUCUAAAUUUGGCUAAAUGACCAUCAUCCGUUUUGGUAAUGAAUGAGUCAUAUUUGAAAACAGAGAUGCACUUCUGGAACCAUUGCCUUACACAGAAGUUUUGGUUUCAAAAAUUAGGAAUGUACUACUUUGGGUGGGGGGCUUGGUUUUUAAACUUUGUAUUUCAUUUGGAAAUGGAAAGAUGGAAAUAAAUUAGUCUUUAUA